AUGAUAGCCUCUCUUUCGCUCUAUUUCGUUGUCUCUGUUUGUCUCUAUCUAUCUAAGCAUGUUCCUAUCUAUCUAUCUAUCUAUCUAAGCAUGUUCCUAUCUAUCUAUCUAUCUAAGCAUGUUCCUAUCUAUCUAUCUAUCUAUCUAAGCAUGUUCCUAUCUAUCUAUCUAUAUUCUUAUCUAUGUUUUUGCCUUUCCUUUCUUUUUUUUAAAUUUCUUUUUCAUUUUCUUUUUGAUUGUUUUUCUUCCUUUUUCUUAAUAUUCCGGCCUCUUCCUUCUUUCCUUUUCAUCUGCUAUUAUUUUUCCUCUUCCUUUAGCCAUUUUUAUAUUUUUGAUUUUCUCCCUUUUUCUUUCUCUUUUUUUGACUUAGUUUUCAUUCUUUCCUUUUCUUUCCUCCAUUUUCUAUUCUUUUUCUUCUUUCGUUUUUCAUAUUUUUUGUCUUCGUUUUUUUCUUAUACAUUCGUUUCUUUCUCUUUCUUUUCAUUCCUUUUAGACGAUGCUUUACCUAAAAUACUUUUAAAAUUAUUCCUUCCAUUUUCUUUACUCGUAUUUUUUUCAUUUUUCUUUUUCUGUGCGAUGUCUUACGCAUAUUUUUCGUCAAUCUUUUCACGAUUUUCACUCAUUCUCUUUCUCCCCAACCAUUGUUCUUUAUAUUUCUUUUUCCUCUGUCUUCUUCUUCUUCUUUCUCUCUCUCUCUCCUUCCUUAAGUUUCGCAUCUUCUUUUCCUCUUUCUUUUUGUUUUCUUUUUAG